AGUACGACUUGUGUAUUCAAAUGAUUAGAUUGCGUCUUAAAAAAUGGAUUCAAAAAGUAAAAUGCAAAAGUCAGAUCCAUCAAGUCCGAGGAGAUACGCUAGAAAAAUAAUUUUAAUAGCAGUUAUAAUCUUAAGUACAAUUACGAUAGCUUUCUCAUAUUUAAUAUACAAUGAGAUAAAGAAAGCACCUGUAAAAGCAAAAAUGGAAUGUUAUGUAAGCUACUUGACAGCAAAUAGUUUAAUAGAUGAGUCAUUUAAUUCAUUUGGACAAUUUUUUGGUGAUGCUGAGCUGUGUGAAACCAUUAUUGAAAAUAAAAUUGAUGACAUUGAGUCUACAACAAAGACCAGGUUGAAUGACAUAGCAGGACAUCGAGCUUACACGAUUUGCAUCAUAAAAACAUUGAAAAAUGACUCAAAUUUUAUUAAUAAAAUUUUAAUGUUGGAAGUCCUCGAGUACACGCGUAUAUCAUGGAAAUUUUGGAAAUACUUCGAACGUAAUUCCCGCUACAAAAAUCUCGAGCAUCAAUUAAGCUUUCAAGAAUCUUACGCUAUUAAUUACUGUCAAGGAAACCAUAAUCAAAAUGAAAUUGACGGUAGUGGAUUUGGAAAUGUUGUUGAUGAUGAUGCUGAAGAUGAAAAUGAAGAAGUUCCAAGAAAACCACAUUCUAGUGAAUAUAAUAGCAAUGAUAUGUACUUUGAUGACGAUUAGCUGUAAAAUAUUUCUCAAUAAAUCUGUUAUCAAAUGUGCCGCAAACGCAUGACUCACUGAACAUUGUAACCUUCAACGAAUAAAAUUUCGGUUC